AGGAGCCCGGCGGGGGGCUGGGUCAGGGUCCCACGGCCUGGCUCUCCCUGGAGGCCCCUCUCUGUGCCUCAAUUUCCCAUCUGUUGAGUUGAACUCAGCUACCCCCGUGGGCUUGUUCAAGACAGAUUCGGGUGCCCUGGGGACUCUCUGGGAUCUCUGCGGCUCAUUUGUCUAAGCAGCCACAGUGUUUCCUGUGGGGCACCCAGGAGUCCCUGCGGGGCCCCCUGAGCCCCCUCAAGCUACUCAGCCACGGUGACAAAUCAGGACGCAAGACGGCCCACACUCGGGCAGGGCCACUUGUCAGCCAGCCCUGAGGCCACAUGCCUGUCGCCAGGGCGCUGGGCAGCCACUUCACUGCCUGCGCCUCAGCUUCUCGUCUGCCAAGUGGGCCGUGAGCAGCACCUGUGCACAGGUGGCUGCGAGGCCGCCCCGAGCCUCAGCGGGCCCUGGCCAGGGGACAGCCCCCCAUCUUGGUCUGUCCUGCCCUGCAGCGGACACCCCCAGGGCCGCAGCAUUGUGGGGCAUCGGUGCCCACCCACCGAGUGCGGAAGCCGGCCCUUGGGGGGGGCGGGGAGCUGCAGGGCUGCAGGGCUGGGCGAGUAGGCCCAGGGCCUGAAGCCUCAGUGAACACUCCCCUCCCAGGAGGCCUUGUUCCUCCUGGGGAAAUUGGCAAACCUGUAGAAAACUCAGAGUUACACUGCUAAGGCCCCAACACCCACCGCCUGGAUCGCACAGUUGUGAACAUGUUGUCGGAUUUGCUUUAUCUCACGCAUCUGUCUGGGCACCAGGGCCUCUCGUUCAUCACCUUUGUCUGCUAUGUGGCAUCCUCGGCAUCCGCCUUCCUGGCAGCGCCUCUGCUGGAGUUCCUCCUGGCCCUCUACUUCCUCUUCGCUGAUGCCAUGCAGCUGAAUGACAAGUGGCAGGGCUUGUGCUGGCCCAUGAUGGACUUCCUGCGCUGUGUCACUGCGGCUCUCAUCUACUUCGCCAUCUCCAUCACGGCUGUCGCCAAGUACUCAGACGCGGCUUCCAAAGCAGCUGGGGUGUUCGGCUUCUUUGCCACCAUCGUGUUUGCCGUUGAUUUCUACCUGAUCUUUAACGACGUGGCCAAAUUCCUCAAAGAAGGGGACUCCGCGGAAGAGAACACGGCCGACAAGGCGGAAGAAGAGAAUUCCGACUCUGACUCCGACUGAGGGGCGUCGGAGCCUUCAGCAGUGGGAGCUGCUGGCCACCCGGUGCCAGGCACACGAUGCGCUGCUGAACGCGGCACCCGGGGUGUCGUGCACGUCGGGCCACGUGUCCUCGUGUCUGCCACGGACCUGAAGCCUUGUAAGCGCUCUGCCAAAAAUAAGCACAAGGGGACAGAGUGGAUGGAGCCUGCACCUCCGUCGCAGGGAGCACCCGGGGGGGGGGGGCACGCACUAGAAGCCACCCCGGGCCAACCUGCUGGGCCCCAAGGAUUCUCGUUUGCAUUUGGUGUCCCACUCGUGCCAGGCACUUUGUCGAGAACCAUCCUUCCGAGAGUUCCUUCAGGGAGCACCAGUUCCCGCUUUACUUUGCAACAGGGAGAAAACCGACCUUUGCUCCCACGGCACCCCUAACAGGCGCCUGUCACGCUCCGGAGCCACAUCUCGGGGACGGGGCAGCUGUAGGUUGGCUCACCGGGGCGCAGACCCAUGUGCCUAACCGUGAACUCGCUGACAGCCUUCUGGGUGGCCCGGCAGGCCCGGCCGCACCCUCUUUCCCCGGGGCCCCCCGGCAGGCAAGGGGCCCGAUGUGCCUUCUGUGUGCCCCCAAGGGCGUGUGCUGUGUGUGUAUGUUCAACGGGAUUUUGUAACUUUAUGUAAUUUUUUUUUUUUUUUACACAAAAGUAGUUUUUUACAUGACACUUUCUGUGACCCAAAAGGCCUCACCUGGCCCUGUGUCUUGGGCAUCUGUGACCUUUGUUCGUCUCUUGCAUGUAAAAGCCACAGUGGAUUAAACCAGACUAUGUGCUUGCA